GACAAAUUCUGCAGCACUUGGAUUAAUUCUUCCUUUUGAUACAUCUUUAUUCACAUAAACACCGCCAUUAUGUUGUGGACGGCGAGCCAAGUCUUAAGGAAAUUCUCCACCUCGUCCCAUUAUUACCAGAAUAAGCUUAAACUGGCCAUAAUUGGCCAGAGCCUGUUCGGCCAGGAGGUGUACAGCAACCUGAGGAAGCAGGGUCACAAGGUGGUGGGUGUGUUCACAGUCCCCGACAAGGACGGCAAGGCCGACCCCCUGGCGGUGGCGGCAGAGAAGGAUGGGACGCCGGUGUUCAAGUUCCCGCGGUGGCGGGUCAAGGGGAAGCCCAUCCCGGAGGUGGUGGAUGCCUACAAGGCGGUGGGCGCCGAGCUCAACGUCAUGCCCUUCUGCUCCCAGUUCAUCCCCAUGAACAUCAUCGAUCACCCCCAGCACGGAUCCAUCAUCUACCACCCCUCCAUCCUGCCGCUGCACAGAGGAGCCUCGGCCAUCAACUGGACCCUGAUCCACGGUGAUAAGAAAGCUGGCUUCACAGUGUUCUGGGCUGAUGAUGGACUGGACACUGGACCUAUCCUGCUGCAGAGGGAGUGUGCUGUCGAACCCAACGACACCGUGGACACAAUCUACAACCGCUUCCUCUUCCCAGAGGGCAUCAAGGCGAUGGUGGAGUCGGUGCAGCUCAUCGCUGAUGGAAAGGCCCCACGAGUUCCCCAGACAGAGGAAGGAGCGAGCUAUGAGGGCAUUCAGAAGAAAUCCAACGCCAAGGUCAACCUGGCCCAGCCAGCUGAAGCCAUCCACAACUGGAUCCGUGGCCAUGAUAAAGUCCCCGGUGCCUGGACCGUCAUUGAUGGUCAGUCUGUGACCCUGUAUGGCUCAUCCAUGUUGGGGGGAUCGGUUCCAGCCGGUCAGCCCCUGGAGGUAGAGGGGGCGUCCCAGCCCGGCCUGGUCACCAAGAACGGCCUCGUCCUGUAUGGAACCGACGGGAAGCCUCUGCUGGUGAAGAACCUGCAGUUUGAAGACGGGAAGAUGAUCCCCGCUUCUAAAUACUUCUCCUCUGGGGAAAGCUCCAGCGUUGAGCUGACUGAUGAUGAGAAGAAGAUGGCAGGGGAGAUCAGGAACAUCUGGAAGGGCAUCCUCAGUAACGUCCCAGCCAUUGAGGACAGCACAGACUUCUUCAAGUCCGGAGCAGCCUCCAUGGAUGUGGUCAGGCUGGUGGAGGAGGUGAAGCAGAAGUGCGCCGGCGUCCAGCUGCAGACCGAGGACGUGUACAUGGCCACCACCUUCCAGGACUUCAUCCAAAUGUUUGUCCGCAAACUGAGAGGAGAGGACCAGGAGGAGGAGCUGGUCAUCGACUAUGCAACCAAAGACGUGAACAACAUGACAGUGAAAAUGCCAUACCAGUGUUUCAUCAACGGCAAGUUUGAGGAUGCAGAAAACGGGAAGACCUACGAUACCAUCAACCCUACAGAUGGAUCAGUGAUAUGUAAGGUGUCUUACGCCUCAGUGGGGGAUGUGGACCGGGCGGUGGCAGCUGCCAAAGAGGCUUAUGAUAAUGGACCCUGGGGCAGGAUGAACCCUCGAGACAGAGGAAGUCUGCUUUACAAGCUUGCAGACCUGAUGGAGGAACACCAGGAGGAGCUGGCUACCAUCGAGUCCAUCGACUCGGGAGCCGUGUACACGCUGGCCCUCAAGACACACGUAGGCAUGUCCAUCCAGACGUUCCGAUACUUUGCCGGCUGGUGUGACAAGAUCCAGGGCAAGACGAUCCCCAUCAACCAAGCCCGGCCCAAUCGCAAUCUGACCUUCACGAAGAGAGAGCCUCUGGGUGUGUGUGCCAUAGUCAUCCCAUGGAACUACCCUCUCAUGAUGUUGGCGUGGAAGAGUGCUGCCUGCCUCGCAGCUGGAAACACACUCGUUCUUAAACCCGCACAGGUCACUCCGUUGACGGCACUGAAGUUUGCUGAGCUGUCAGUGAAAGCUGGCAUUCCAAAAGGAGUUGUGAACAUUUUGCCAGGCUCAGGCGGCAUGGUGGGACAGCGUUUGUCCGACCACCCUGACAUCCGCAAGCUGGGCUUCACCGGCUCCACGCCGAUCGGCAAACAGAUCAUGAAGAGCUGCGCCGUCAGCAACCUGAAGAAGGUUUCUCUGGAGCUGGGCGGGAAGUCGCCUCUCAUCAUCUUCAGUGACUGUGACAUGGACAAGGCUGUUCGCAUGGGCAUGAGCUCUGUGUUUUUCAACAAAGGUGAGAACUGCAUCGCUGCCGGACGUCUGUUUGUGGAGGAGUCCAUUCAUGACGAGUUCAUCAGCCGAGUGGUGGAAGAGAUCAAGAAGAUGAAGAUUGGAGACCCACUGGAUCGCUCCACAGACCACGGCCCGCAGAAUCACAAAGCCCACAUGGACAAGCUGCUGGAGUAUUGUGAGGUCGGAGUUAAGGAGGGAGCUACGCUGGUGUACGGAGGCAAACAGGUGGACAGGCCAGGAUUUUUCAUGGAGCCCACAGUGUUCACUGGUGUGGAGGACCACAUGUUCAUUGCCAAAGAGGAGUCCUUCGGCCCCGUCAUGGUGGUGUCCAAAUUCAAAGACGGCGAUGUGGAAGGCGUGCUGCAGAGGGCCAACGACACGGAGUACGGCCUGGCCUCGGGCGUGUUCACCCGCGACAUCAACAAGGCCAUGUACGUGAGCGAGCGGCUGGAGGCGGGGACUGUGUUCGUCAACACCUACAACAAGACCGACGUGGCUUCACCUUUCGGAGGCUUCAAGCAGUCCGGUUUCGGCAAAGACCUCGGAGAAGACGCCCUCAUGGAAUACCUCAAGACCAAAGCAGUGACUGUGGAGUACUGAGGCACAGACCCUCCUAACGAACUGUGACCCACAUCCGAAACAGGAAGAGACUCGUCUGUCUGCUCCUGUCGGACAUCCAGCUUCACUUGGCAUUGUUUCUGGACAGUGUGUGUGUAUGAAUGAGAGGAGAGCUUUGUUGUCCGUCUCAGCGGGGACAACGUGCCUGUCUUUUCUGGACUUUCUGCGUGAAAAUUCACAUCACGAACAAAGGACGCCCGCUUUUAUACCCGUCUGCAUAUCCACACAUGAAACCCUCGACUGGACUCCCGACGGGAGCCGAGCAGGGUCUGACUCGAGCUUUCAGUUUCCCGAAAGUGUGUUUUAUGUUAAAACACGCUCACCGCCUCUCAACCUGAAGCCUGAUUUCCUGUCAUCAUCAAAUACGUCAGUCAAUUCUGUGAAAAAUGUUAAAAUCAUCUGAUGUCAUGCCUUUCUCAUUCUCUUAUGAUGCUGCCUUCACCUUUCCUUUAAUACCUCUUUGUCUGCGCUGCGGCAGCUGCUGGGCUGUCGUGUACCAUAUUAGAAAAUAGACACAACUCAGAGUUGCACAGUUGCUUAAGCACCAGGCCGACCGCAGCGUUUCACCGCCUGCUCCGGCUGACGUCUUCAAGUCCGCUUCCCAGUCACAUUCUGGAAGUGUGCACCCGCACCUGUAGCCACACCCAACAGUGAUGUCACAGUAUGCUGGCUCCCCCUGGAGCACACCUCUACAUCAGUGAAGCGAAGCGAGGAGUUCAACCGCUGGAGGUUUCAGUCACUGUACACUAUGCCGAUCAUCUUUCAGAGACUCGAAACUUGUGCAGUUACAUUCGGCCACUUUUAUGUUUUAGGUUAUUCUAAUUAUUCACCUAAGUUCUUGGCAUAUUUGAGAUCUAGCUGCUUCACAGCGUCACAGUCACGAGCUGCGGCGUGAGGAAGUCCAUGAAAACAAACACAAAAGAGUAAGGCCACCGUAGUUGUUUGUCACUAAAAAGGCCGUUUGGCUCUCAGCUCUCAGACGUCGGAACGUCUUUCAAUGCAAAAUCUGACUUUUUUUUGUAAAUAUUUUUUAACAAUAGAGGGAAAAAGGACAUUUUGAUAUAUUUUUGUCAGAGGAAGACUAUGUGUCACAGCACUGUAUUAUAUUCAGCAAAGGCACACCAGCUAGAUGUUUUUAUGCAUCACAGAUGUGAAGAAGUUGUGACAUUAGUUCUCUCUCUCUCUCCCUGGGUGAAGGUGAGAGCUGCCUCUUCAGUAAACAGUAUGU